AUGGAAAAAUUCAUUGACUUCGCUGAUAAUAUUCAUGACUUCCCAAGAGUAAACUCAGAAGUUGAGACUGAUGCUGCUUUAGGAAAGGACGAUGUGAAGAUGACUUCUAUAGCAAUGAUCUUUCGGAUGUUCGUCAGGGACUCACAGAAGAAAUCAGCCUUGAUCUCUCAGCAGUCUAGCUGAAUUGAACAAGUAGCCGAUAAAGUUACUCAGAUGUAUGAAGAUACUUCUCAAUGGACUGGCCAAGAUAUCCAAAGAUAUUUGAGAUCUUUCCAAGAUCUCGAUAUGUCAGAUAUAGAGCUUCAAAUCCUCUUCGAGAGGAGAUCUUCUCAAAAGAAUGAGAAGUUUCCAGCUCAAGUUUCCUUACCUGGCGGUAAGCCAGAGGAAGGAGAAACUCUAUUGCAAACAAGCAUUAGAGAAACUUUUGAAGAGACUUCUCUGGACCUAGCAGAUUCUCAGAAGUACGCAUUGAUUGGAGAAUUCCCAUCAAUUCUGCCCUUCAUGAACAUCGGAGGUGUAGGAAAUGUCUAUAUCAAAGGCUACGUGUUUUUACAGGUAUCCUUUGACAUCCUCCCCAUCCAUUGCUGAGAAGGUGAAAUAGAUGGAUGCAUAUGGACUUCCCUGGAUUUAUUCAGGGAGGACCCUGAUAUAGCCUUCAGUUACUUCCAUUUCAACUUCCUGCCUGGGAUGAAGUCUGAGUUUAACUCAGUACUUCCCUCCCAGGUCCUGUAUGAUAGUGAGAAGUACUUGUUAGAUGAUAUCUACAGAGAUCCAUCCCUGUUGAAUCAUGACUUCAAGUUAUCGGGGAUCACUCUCUUCUUCGUACAUGAAUUCUUGAAGUUUGGAAAUUACGUCACCACAGAAGAAGAGUUAAGGAGAAGAAGGAAAUUUUAUUAUUAUACUGUUGAUUUUGUGAAUGCAAAGUGGUACCAAAAGUUGCCGUUUACUCCGAAGCUUUAUUACCAUCCAAAAUAUCAGAAUAGUGGAACGAUAUAUAGGACUCUGCAUCCUCGAAUAAGAAAGAUUAAGAGAAAAUUCAAUAGCUUGACAGGGAAACAGAAAGCACUUGCUUUUGGAUCACAAAUCGCAUUUUGGCUUUCUUCUUACUGGAUUUAUAAGACCUUUGCUGAAAGAAGAAGCAUCUCCAGCUAUGAUUUGGAUACAAAUAAGUAUGAUAAUCGACAAGCAAAAAUAUAAAAUGACGCCAAUUCAACC